UUACCGGCUCUUAAUCCGCGCGCGCCAGCCGCUCUCCCGCGUCUCCGGUGUCUUCGUGAGCAGGACUCUCAAUGUUUUGAUCGCAGACUCUCCGGUGUCCAGAAGAUCAUGACGGAGGAGCACGCGACAGGAGGUAUCUGCCUGUCCCAAUCAGAGCGCAGGAUGACUGCUGGAGCGGAGGGCGGGGCCGACAUCACGAAGGAGGUGUGGCCCGCACAGCCACGCCCUUUAUCACAUGACCGGGUCACGCUCGUAGUGGACGGGACCCAUUUUGUGGUGGAUCCUGCAGUGUUCACAGCUUACCCCGAUACAGUGCUUGGGAGAAUGUUCGGCCGAGCGCGACAGCACAGCUUCACGCGACCAAAUGCUAAAGGUGAAUAUGAAAUCGCAGAAGGCAUCGGCGCCAACAUCUUCAGAGUAAUACUGGACUUUUACCGCAUCGGUGUGCUGCACUGUCCGGAGGGCUUGUCUUUGGCUGAACUGCGCGAAGCGUGCGAUUAUCUGUGUAUAAACUUCGACUACAGCACCGUCAGAUGCAGAGACCUCAGUGCUCUCCUGCACGAGCUGUCCAACGACGGCGCCCGGCGGCAGUUCGAGGCCUUUCUGGAGGAGCUGCUGCUUCCGGCGAUGGUCGCGAGCGCUCAGGAAGGAGAACGAGAAUGCCACGUCGUGGUCCUCACGGACGACGAUAACGUAGACUGGGAUCACGACAACCCUCCGCCGAUGGGAGAGGAGAACUCGCAAAUCCUCUACAGCACCAAACUCUACCGCUUCUUCAAGUUCAUCGAGAACAGAGACGUCGCCAAAGCUCUGCUGAAGGAGCGAGGCCUGAAGAACAUUCGCAUCGGGAUCGAGGGAUACCCCACCUGUAAGGAGAAGGUGAAGCGGCGUCCAGGAGGGAAGUCCGAGGUCAUCUACAGCUAUGUCCAGCGUCCCUUCAUCCAGCUGUCCUGGGAGAAAGAGGAAGGGAAGAGCAGACACGUGGACUUCCAGUGCGUCCGCAGCAGGAGCGUCCCCAACCUCAUCACCGCCGUGGGGGAGGGGCCUGUGAGGGCCGGGGCCACGCCCACUCCACAGGUCGACGAGUUAGAUCGGCUGAACGGCCCCGCCCCUCCAGACCUCGACCAGUGACUGAACACUGACUGGACGAUAAUAUAACUCAUCCGUAUUCAUCAUGUCGUAAUCAUUCACUGGUUUAUACUUGUUUCAUAUUCAUGAUUUGUUUGAAUUUUGACUGGUUUCACGCAUGUCACUGGUUGAGUCUCGUGAACAGACGACCUUAAAGUCCUUGAGAUCUUUCACCGUUGUGUCCUUGAGCAAGUUCUUGCCGUUACUGCAUUUGGAUAAAACAGUAUUUGCUUUAAUCAAUAACCAGUCAAUCAAAUAUCACUUUUUCGGGGCUUUAGAUUAUUGAUGAUCAGAUGAAUUAUUUUAGCAUGCAUUUUAGUUAGGAUUUUCUUUCCGUUGGCGCCAUCUGGCGUCCAGGAGCGAGAUGACGGAUUGAAAACAGUGUAAAUAUCAUUUAUAAAACACUCUUUUUCAGUGUUUCCUUUGUUUUGUAU